AUGAACGCACCGGUGCAUGAACGCAGUGGCACCAGCAGCAACAGCGUGCCACCUGCGCACAAGAAGCAGCGCUAUGAAGGUGGGUGUAGUGGCAAGGUCCUUCACGACCGUGACGCGGAUAGUGUGUCUGUCUGGGGUGUCCUCGUUGCGCAGAACCUGCCGUCGAGAGAAAACGGGCUGCUGGCACACGCAUCGCGUUGCCGCUGCCCUGUGGAAGGGGCAGACGUGCCGCGGAAAGAGUCAGUGACGAAGCUGAUAGCCUCAUCGUCCCUGUGCAACCCUGGAGAAGACUGGUUGUGGCGGCACGUUCCACCAGCUCUACGGCAGCUCUACUUUCCGGCGUGCUCCCACAGCGCCAGCACGUACCCCUGCGCAUCUGCGUCCGCGGAGUGUUCUGAGAAGUGUUGGACGGCCUCGCUGCAGCAGGAGGGAGACAAGUCUCACCCCUCACCACCUCGCCUUCUCCUGCCCCUGUGCAGCACUCGCAGCAACAACGGCGCUGUCCGCCUCGGUCGCCUCGCCAGCAACGAUAUCGUCUUCGCCACGAAUCCGUGUGUCAGCAAUGUGCACUGCACCAUCGCCUACCAGCCGGAAAGUGAUCCUCGUCGCGGUGACGCGGCGGCGGCGCAAGACAAGGAGGCACAGAGGGCCGCCUUCGAGGCGACCGGCGCCGUGGCCAAGGUCGUGGAUCCGCUUCAUCACAGUCCUCGACCCGCAACGGAGGCGCCAGCUGUGCCGCAUCCACGCGGCGAUGCAACCGGCCGCAACUCCGCCGCCGCCGCUCACGUUGUGCUCUCGGACUCCAGCACAAACGGGUGCAUCGUCAACGGCCAGAAGGUGGGCAAAGGCCGCUCGGUGCGCCUGCGCGACGGCGACGUUGUGGAGCUCAUCAACGCCGGCACGCGGCACACAACGGACUACAACCUCGCGUUUCUCUUCCUCACGGCGGAGGUGUUUGUGCGUUGGGUGGCACAGCAGCCGCAUCAGGCGAGCACGACGCAAGGUGCCGAUGAGGAGGACAUCGCCUCGGCGGAGAAGGCUGCGAAGAAGGAGCAUCAGCAACGUCAAGCACUGCCGACAGCUGCGCGACGGCAUGCGCUGCUGUGCAGAGCGCAGUGGAACGUCGAGGCGCAGGUGCGGCGCAUGUACGGUCACAGCGUUGACGAGUACUACUCCCUUGAUCGGGCACAUCCGCUGGGGCAGGGAACGUUCGGCACCGUGUACCGUGCUGCCUUGCGCGCAGAGGCGUCAGCCUCAUCGCAGUCACCGUCCCUCCUCGACGCUGGUGUUGGUGUCGCGGCUGGCGUGCCCUCAAGCUGGGAGUACGUCUUCAGCGGCGACGGCGUCGUUGAGUGGAUGGCGAACCCGGCAGAGGUGACUGAGCUACGGGAAGCCUACAUACGGGGGAAGGAGCAACGGGCCCCGGCCGCGGUGCUGCAUGUGUCCGCGUCGGCGGCCUCGACAACAGCAGCGGAGGCGGACGCAACCACUACAGAUGAUGCUGCGCCACAGGUGUUCGCCGUCAAGAUCAUCCGCAAGCAGCGCAUGUUGGUGGAAGCUCUUCGGCAGCAGCAGCAGCAGCAGCAGCAUCUCGAGGAAGGCGAAGGCGGUACGGAUCGAGCACCUGUGUCGUGCAUCCACAACGCCACCACCGUCGCCACCCCUGAUACUGCGGAGGCAGUGCCAGGGACGAUAUCGACCGCAGAUGCCGCCGUGAUUGAGCAGCUGCUGCUCAUGGAGACGCAGCCGGACGAUCUGGCCGCGCAGAGACGGAAGGAGUGGACAGCAGGUGUGCUUGCCAGUCUUCAGCUUGCCGACUCAACGCCCGCUGCCCUGGCGCCGUCCUCCUCGCUCAGCGCAUUGCGGAAGUCGCAGCACAAGCCGCGAGACGACGACGACGACUCGAGUGAUGACGGGGACGCACAGCCACUGCCGCAGCAAGAUCGUGAGCAACGCCGUCGAGAGCUGAUCCGCUGCCUCCCCAAGGCACUCCGCCGCACAUAUGAGAAAGAGCUGCAGCACCGCCGCCGUCAGCAGUGCGAGAUCAACAUUCUCCUCGCCGUGCGUCACCGCAACAUCACCGCAUUGUACGAGGUGUUUGACCAGCCAGACCACCUGGCAUUGGUGAUGGAGCAGGCGACCGGAGGGGAAGUGUGGGACCUGCUGCAGAUCUACAAGCGACGUGAGCGCAGGGGGCAAACAGGUGCUCGUAAGAGCGAGCGUGGCGCGAACAACCAUCGUGACACCGGUGCGCAACGGCUCGGCGACGGCAAGAGCGACUCGACAACGGCAGCGGCGACUGCAGCUACGUGCGACGACGACGACGACGUUGAACUCGUCUCGGUCGGCGGCCCGCUGCCGGAGUUCAUGGUGAAGAUCAUUAUCGUUCAAGUGAUUGAGGCAGUGUUGUACCUGCACACGAUGGGCAUCAUCCACCGUGACUUGAAGCUCGAGAAUUUGAUGCUGCAGCGCCCCUGCGACCGCUACGCGCUCAACGCGCUGCAGCUGCAGACGUUGGUUCAUCAGCUCCGCGCCUACUCUCGCCCGCACCAUGCAAGCGAUGCGUCCACAUCCGCCGCGACGACGUGUGAGGAGGACAGUGAGGCGGUGGAGUUCACAAAUCCGCUGUCGGUUCUGUACACGGUGCACGUACCGCGGCACAUGUGGCCGGUCGUCAAGGUCAUGGAUUUCGGUCUCUCGCAUGUGCUCGACCAGCUGCAGACACAUCCGUUCGACGCCGCCGGGGCGCCGCACGGCUUCAUCGGGACGCUCUCGCAGAUGUCACAGGGCGUCGAAGGCAGCUCUGCUGCAGCGGCAGCAGCAGCAGCCAGGGAGGCGGUGCCGGAGCGGGUGAAGCUAAUCUACUCCCGCAACGACGCAACGACGAGCUGCGGCACCCCUAUCUACGCAGCCCCUGAGGUCACCAACCCGGCCUUGCGCCCGGACAAGAUGGGGUACGGUGCAGCAGUCGACAUGUACUCCGUCGGCGUCAUCGCGUACGCGCUGCUGACGGGGCGGGCACCGUUUCCGUCAGCGAAAAACCCGCGGCGGCCGGGCGGGCCACCGGUGGUGAACUAUGACGCCCCCCUGCGCGUCCAGCGGCACCGUCGCCGCCCAGCCAGUGCUGGGCCGCUCCCAUCGUCACGGCCGUCCAGCUCUGCGGCACGCCCUCCUUCUGAGGUCGCGUGUCUACCUCCGCUGUCGGUGGCAGAGUCCGUGCGCGUGGUGCUGCCGAAAGAACGUGCCGAGCUGUCAGCUGCGUCUUCCACCGCCUCGGAGCAGACUCGGCAGUGGCGCCGGCGCGCCGAGGCAGUGGCGGCAUCUGUGCGGUGUGCGGAGCAGAAGGGUGCCCAUGCGGAGGGCAGCGAUGGCGGCAGCAGUGCAACGCUGGCUGACCCGCUCUUUGCCACCACCGUGGAGCAGCUCUGCGCAUCACUCACCGCAUACGCCGACAUGUGUGCGUCGGGUGGGCUGGAGGUGGACCUCGAUCGCCUCGUGUACGUCUCCGCGGACGCUGCCGCGACCGGUGCACAGGCAAACGCGUCCGUCGGUCGCGUGAUGGCGCCUGAUGGGCACGUCGCGGAUGUGUUGCUACCUCCCAUCUCGGCGCUCGGCACAUCCUUCCUUCGCGGACUUCUGGAGAAGUACCCUUCGCGGCGGCUGACGGCUUACGAGGCGCUGCAGCAUCCGUGGUUGCGCGAGUGCGUGUGA